AUGCAACUUCGGCCGGGAGCUUCGGCGCUCCUCAAGUCUCGAGUCGUCGGUCGUCCCUCGGGUUUCUCGCCAUGUCCCAACUGUGUAAGAGCGGCUUCUCCAGGUCGUAGGAUACCACUUCAGCACUCGUCAUUUCAUAGCGCACCGCGGAGAUCUUCGGCAUGGGCAGCCGCGGUACAAGUGGCAGGGAGCGUGGUGUCGAAUGCAGUCGCGCGGGCAACCAAGGGCGAGAUGCCCAUUGACCCUCUGAGGAUGGUCGCCAAGGAGAUGAAGUUUUUGACGGGCAAUAUCCGACAUUUGUUAGGCUCUGGACACCCCUCUUUAGACCGAGCUGCGAAAUAUUAUACCCAAGCCGAAGGGAAGCACAUGCGACCCAUGAUCGUGCUUCUCAUGUCCAGAGCCACAGCAUUAUGUCCCAAGGCGUCCCAACCCGAUCCCUCCGAGACCACCCAGAGGAUAAAUGCAGCAAUAUCACCCAGUGGGGUCCUGCGUGACGCGAACCCGUCCGCGCCCCUCGCCGGCUUUUCGUCGGACCCAGAAUCAGUCGAAAGCGACAUCCUUCCGUCUCAACGACGCCUCGCCGAGAUUACGGAACUCAUUCACACCGCAUCGCUCCUACACGACGAUGUGAUCGACCACUCGGUAUCAAGGCGGGGCUCGCCUUCUGCAAACCUCGAAUUCGGCAACAAAAUGGCGGUUCUGGCUGGAGAUUUCAUGCUGGGGCGAGCAUCUGUGGCACUAGCCCGACUUCGUAACGCCGAGGUCGUCGAGCUUUUGGCCACCGUCAUUGCCAACUUGGUGGAGGGCGAAUUCAUGCAGUUGAAGAACACGGCGCGGGACGAGCGCAACCCCAAGUGGUCCGAGGAAACCCUCACUUACUACCUGGACAAGACGUACCUGAAAACGGCCAGUUUGAUAUCCAAAUCAUGUCGAGCUGCUGCUCUGCUAGGCCGCGCCGACGCGACCACGGUGGAAGCUGCCUACGCAUAUGGGAAGAAUUUGGGUUUGGCAUUCCAACUGGUGGACGACAUGCUGGACUACACUAAGAGCGACAAGGAUCUUGGAAAACCCGCAGGCGCUGAUUUAGAACUCGGUCUCGCAACUGCACCGUUGCUAUUUGCCUGGAAAACGAUACCCGAGUUGGGGCAGUUGGUGGGAAGGAAAUUCGAACAGGAAGGGGACGCCGCAAGGGCGCGAGAACUUGUCUUCCAAAGCGAUGGAAUCGAACAAACUCGGGCGCUGGCAGAAGACUACUGUCGGCAGGCCGUUGCGGCUCUGGACUUGUUCCCCGAUAGCGAGGCCAAGGACGGUCUCGUGGAGAUGGCCAUGAAGACUUUGAGACGCCAAAAGUAA